AUGCUCUCGUUUAUAUCAUUCGGGUCGUGGCUUGAUCUCAAUCGGUGCCGCCAGCUGGCGCCAUCAGCAUCAGUCAGAGAUCCCCCUCUGUGCCUAGGAGCCAGGACAUUUGGAACCGCCGGGAAAAAGCAAUACGGAGUAUGCAGCAAAGACGACGCCAUUGAAAUCCUUGACUACUUCCUCGCAUCAAGAAAUAACCGGGAUACGAUGGUGAUUGCCGCCAAAUACACAGCGGGUUACCGGGGUCUCCACAAAGACAUAAUCCACGCCAACUGCGGCGGAAACGGAACCAAGUCCAUGCGAGUCUCGUUGGAAGCAUCACUUCGCAAACUCCAGACGACUUACAUUGAUCUAUUUUAUAUACACUCGUGGGACUAUACGGUCUCCAUUCCGGAGUUGAUGCACAGCCUAAAGGACCAUGUCACCUCCGGGAAAGGAAUCUGGAAUGCUUCGCUGCGUGACUUCGAAAGAGACAUCAUCCCUAUGUGCCGUGACGAAGGAAUAGGCCUAUGUCCUGACGGAGUUCUGAACCAAGACCGCUUCCAGACUGAGGCCGGAUUCAAGGCGCACGAGAAGAGCCAUGAUGGACGGAAUUCCAUUCCACUAUCUGACCGGGAUAAAAGGUUCCUCGCGUCUUGGAAGUUGUCGUGGAGGCUAAAAGGAGUAGAGCUUCUUCAAGUAGCCCUGGCAUAUGUUCUCCACAGAACGCCAUAUGUAUUUCCUAUUAUCGGUGCUAGGAAGCUUAAUCAUAUCAAAUGGGUUAUACCCGCGGCGGCGUACACGUUUGAUCUAGGCUUCCCGCAUACUUUCCUCAGCGGGACCCUAUUCACGAGUGAUGCCUCUUGA